AUGGAAGCCGACGGAUUUCAGAGCACUCGCCGUCGGUUUUUUGAAGUCGAUGAUGUUACAAUCACCCUAGAAAAGGCCUCAAAAGCAGAGGACGACCAAUUGUUCUGGUCUAAAUUUGCAGCUCAUGCUCGAAAUGGUGCUUUCGACGAUAUGGAUGCUUUCAAGGGACUUGUCAAGGCUGUCAGUAUUCGAAUGGAGAGGGAAUCCAACGGGAAAGGCCUCACCGGAACAUGUAUUGAACCAGCAUUCGAUAAUUUCAGCACUACACUCGCUGCUAUCAGCCCUCAAGGUUACAGACUCUUCAUGCAGACUUAUGCUGGUAGGACUACAAGAAGUCAACGCAUGAUACGCUCCAAGCUUGGUCUGAAGCUUGUUGAUGGACUCGCCAGUGAGAACUUUGAUCACGUCUUUGAUCACCUUCAAAAACUUGGCUAUACUGGACCUGUGGCUGUUGGAACCGAUGAAACUGUUUGUGUCAAGUCGUUAUGUGUUUCAAAUGGAAUGCUUGUGGGUGCUCAAGGAGGAAGCAUUCCUUUUGAGUCAACUGAUGAGCUCAAGGAGUUAGUGAGUUCUAUCAUCAAAGAGAACCGCAUGUGUUCAAAGAUACGAGCAUAUACCAUCCAAGUCCCUCUACCUGGUGUACCCACAUAUGUAGUUGCUUUAAUUGCAAGUAUAGACAAGCAGACAGCCAGCGAUAUAUUAGAUCUACAUAAGAAAUUCAUCGAGCUCAGUCAGAAGGCAGGAUUCAAUGUCCUCUCAAUUGGGUCUGAUGGUGCUGCUACUGAGAUUUCCGCUCAAAAGAUGCUACAUGAUUCCGCCACCAAAUACCUUGAAUUCAAAGCACCAGCUCAUAAUCUUCACAUUCAGAUCCCGUUAUUGGGCCAAAAACUACACCCUGUGGUUAUGGUCCAGGACCCAAAACACGCUCGAAAGACUGCUGCCAAUCAAUUGUUGUCUGGUGCCCGAUUCAUCAGCUUUGGUUGCUAUCAUGUUGGAAUUCCUCAACUUGCCAAAAUCGUUCAAAGUGACAAUUCUACGCUAUACAUAAAAGAUGUCUUCAACACCGACAAGCAGGAUGAUGGCCGAGCAUAUCGAGUCUUCUCCUCGGAAACACUUCAAUUGGCUCUUGAACAUCCGGAAUGUACAGGCCUUUCAAUAUACCUGUUUGUAUUAGGCGAGCUAUGUGAUUCAUGGCUCAGUCGAACAGCUAAUAUCCCUGAUCGAGUCAUCUCUGCGUUCACAAGUUUUUUUUUCUUGGAAGCGUGGUAUGAAUAUCUUGAGGAUCGACAAUCUGAGACUAAAGGAUUCAUUUUGCUCGAUAAAAAUGGUAUCUCACGGCAAAGCUUCAAGAUCAUGAAGCAGAUGGCUACAUCACUUCUUGCAUUGAUCAUCGCACAUAGGGAAUACUACCCAGAUGUUCCUCUCAUGUUUUGGAAACACGGGACCGAGGCGUGUGAACAUAUAUUUGGUUGGAUGAGGAUUAUUAUGCCCAAUUUCACUGUCUUAGACGCGCAUCAAAACGCACCAAAGAUUCAUACAGUUGCCAAGCAUAUUGUAGAAGGAAAAGUAAAGAUGCCAAAGUCUGAACACAUACAUUCUGGCUAUCAGAACGCGUUUCAGGAUUUCUUUCUCAAAUCUGACGAGGUUGUGUCAGGUUUGAAGUGUUUUCCAAAUGACCUUCAGUUACGAUCACUCAUAGAUAUUGCAAAAACACGGGCUGCAAGCCUAAUUAAAUUUGUUGGGAUUGAGAAGUGUAAUGUCAACCUUCCUGAUGUAAUCGAUAUACCACCUUCACCUCAACUCGAUGACUCUUCAGAAUCACAAGCUGAAGAAACUGAUACCUCGAUCAGUGUCACCAAGAGGUAUGAGGUAACCUAUGAAGUACCAUUGGAUGAAACUGCUAUCCGAGAUUCAAUCUCGGAGGCAGCUCACAGUGUUGAGGAUCACCAGCGACUCAAAUCAGAACUGGCGGCUUUGGAAUUGAACUAUGAAGGCACUGAGAGACGUGAAUUUUCAGCAACUCGGAUCUUGAUUGCAAACCUCUUGAAUAAAGAUGACCCAAUCUGA